AUGUACCGUGUGCCGAUGAAGACGAACGUCAUUACUGGAAACGAUGGAUGUAAACUUACCAACGGAUUCAUGCUUCUUCUGAUCUUUUCGUAUUGGACGCCUACAUAUGAUGCGGCCCACGUGGUUCAGUCAUCCCGUUGUACUGCUGAGGAGAGGAAAAAUCACAUCCAAUGCUUUGAGGUUCUUCCUGAAGAGCAGUAUUCAGCUCCUUUGGGAAGUACAGUGAAUAUGCAAUGUGUGGUACUGAACCAGCACGGGAAGGUCCAAUGGAGAGCGAAACAAGUACUAUUGGGAUACGACCGUUCCGUACCCAGUAAUUCGCGCUAUCGAAUCAUCGGAGACGUCAGCAGAGGGGAACAUACCCUACAAAUAAUGGAUAUUGAGCUGCAGGAUGCCGGAGAGUACGAAUGCCAAGUUACGCCUGUGCCAGCAAAUAACCAUCCAUUACUUCGGCGGAAAACCAUUCUGGUGGUUCUCGUCAAGCCCGCUCCACCUCGCAUACUCUAUCCAGAUGUCCCUCCUCCGGACAAUCAACUAAUCAUAUCCCAAUUGGAUCCUAUAGUACGAAUUACGGUUCUUUGUGUCGCAUUGGACGGUAGUCCGCCACCAAAUUUCACCUGGAUUCAUAACGGCCGAGAAAUUCCCAUUUCUACUCCACAAACGAGCACAAAGCGUGUUGUGCCCAAGCAAGGUCAGUGGACAUCUCUGGCUCCCAUAAUACAGACACAGAAUGAGAGAGGAGAAUCGCGCAUAAGUUUGCUGAAAGCAGGCCUCAGGGAUGGUGAUCAUUUAAUGUGCAGUGUGACGAACGCAGCUACACAGCUUCAUCACGAUGUUCACCAGAGGAAUCUGACCACGGCUGUGACGAUCCGAGUUCACAGUAAGUGACGACAUUCGUUGCCAU